ACAUGGAAAUGGAGUGGUAGAGUUUUCUUUGUCCCAAAAAAGAAAAGAAUAAACGAGCCGUACAUCCCUUCGUCUCAACCUGAACUAGGGUUUUAGCAAGAAUCAAACGGGAACCAAACAGGUCAAAAAGAGCGCGAACAUGAGCUCCUCCAAUUGUGGCUGCCAUAUCUUCGACCUCAACACCUUUCAAUCAAUGGACUUUGGAGCCUCUUCGUCUUCUAGGGUUCUGAACAGCAACCAGCUCUCGUGCUUCAGCUAUGUACCACCCAAAUGCCAAAGGCAUCUGGAGCCCUCAAGCCUUUACUGCCUUAAUCAUCCCAGAAAUGCUUCCUUGGCACUCUCUCACAGAGAUUGUGCUCUACGAGCCACCAUUAAAGACACCAAUGUCACCACGGAGAAGGUGAAUGGUGAUUGUUCUGCUGAAAUCGAGCAUUCGAUUUUGACGGCGUUGUCCCCGUUGGACGGUCGUUAUUGGGGUAAAGUCAAGGAAUUAGCUCCUUAUAUGAGUGAAUAUGGGCUAAUUUACUACCGCGUUCUAGUUGAGAUCAAAUGGUUGUUGAAACUAUCACAAAUUCUUGAAGUCACAGAGGUGCCCGGUUUCAGUGAUGGUGCUCAGUCUUACUUGCAAGGAAUUAUAGAUAGAUUUUGCAUCAGUGAUGCAUUAGAAAUCAAGAGGAUUGAGAAAAUGACUAACCAUGAUGUAAAAGCAGUGGAGUACUUCUUGAAACAGAAAUGCAGAUCACAUCCAGAAAUAGCUAAGGUGCUUGAAUUUUUUCAUUUUGCUUGCACAUCUGAGGACAUCAACAAUCUUGCUCAUGCAUUGAUGUUAAAAGAAGCUAUCAACAAUGUUAUAUUUCCUGUCAUGGACGAUUUGAUUGAGGCAAUAUGUGACAUGUCAAAGGAUAAUGCUUCCAUUCCCAUGCUCUCUCGCACACAUGGUCAGACAGCUUCACCCACAACUUUGGGGAAGGAAAUGGCAAUUUUUGCUGUGCGGCUAGGCAUACAAAGGCACAGAAUUUCUGAGGUCAAGAUAAUGGGGAAGUUUGCAGGUGCUGUAGGAAAUUACAAUGCUCAUCUAGCUGCAUAUCCUAAUAUUAAUUGGCCCCAAAUUGCUGAAGAGUUUGUAACAUCUCUUGGAGUGAGUUUUAAUCAUUAUGUUACUCAGAUCGAGACUCAUGAUUAUAUGUCUAAAGUUUUUAACGCAUUCAACCGAUUCAAUAAUAUAUUAAUUGACUUUGAUAGUGAUAUAUGGCGCUACAUAUCUUUGGGUUACUUCAAGCAGACAACUAGGGCUGGUGAAAUUGGCUCAUCAACAAUGCCUCACAAAGUAAACCCUAUUGAUUUUGAAAAUAGUGAAGGUAAUCUUGGUGUGGCUAGUGGAAGUCUUUCCUACUUGAGUGAGAAGUUGCCUAAAUCGCGUUUGCAGCGUGACCUGACUGAUUCUACUGUUCUGAGGAACAUGGGUGUUGGACUAGGACACUCUCUUCUUGCUUACAGAAGCACACUGCAGGGAAUAUCAAAGCUUCAGGUUAAUGAAGCUCGCAUAAGUGAGGAGUUGAACCAAUCUUGGGAGGUGCUUGCUGAAGCAAUACAAACUGUUAUGCGAAGAUAUAGUGUUCCUGAGCCUUAUGAGAAGCUGAAGGAACUAACAAGAGGAAGAACAGUUACCAAAGACAGAAUAAGAGAGUUCAUUAAAGGCUUGGAAUUACCUGAGGAACCAAAGAUCAUUUUAUCAAAUCUGACGCCGCAUAGCUAUGUUGGAGCAGCAGUUAAACUGGCCAGGAUGGUAGACACGGCUGUUAGAUCCACCAGAAAAAACACCAAUGUUUCCACUGAGAAGGUGAAGAUGGUGUCUGGCAACUCUUCUAGUGAAUCUGAGCUUGUGAAUUUGAUGGCUUUGUCACCAUUGGAUGGUCGGUAUUGGGGUAAAGUCAAGGACUUGGCUCCUUACAUGAGUGAGUAUGGCCUGAUCUACUUCCGUGUUCUAGUUGAGAUCAAAUGGUUGCUAUGGCUUUCACAAAUUCCUGAAGUCACAGAGGUACCCACCUUCAGUGAAAAUGCUCGGUCUUAUUUGCAAGAAAUGAUUGAUGGAUUUAGUUACAAUAAUGCAUUAGAAAUAAAGAAGAUUGAGAAAGUGACAAAUCAUGAUGUGAAAGCGGUGGAGUACUUCUUGAAACAGAGAUUCCAAUCACAUCCAGAAAUAGCCAAGGUGCUGGAAUUUUUUCAUUUUGCUUGCACAUCCGAGGACAUCAACAAUCUUGCCCAUGCAUUGAUGUUGAAAGAAGCCGUGAACAGUGUCAUAUAUCCUGUCAUGGAUGAUUUGGUUGAGGCAGUAUGUAACAUGGCCAAGGACAAUGCUCAUAUUUCUAUGCUCUCUCGUACUCAUGGACAGCCUGCUUCACCCACAACUUUGGGAAAGGAAAUGGCAAAUUUUGCAGUCAGAUUAAGCAGAGAAAGGCACGAGAUCUCUCGGGUGGAAAUAAUGGGAAAAUUUGCUGGUGCUGUUGGAAAUUACAAUGCUCAUCUUGUCGCAUAUCCUGAUAUUAAUUGGCCCCAAAUUGCUGAAGAGUUUGUAACAUCUCUUGGGUUGAGUUUUAAUCCCUAUGUUACACAGAUUGAACCUCAUGACUAUAUGGCAGAACUUUUUCAUGCAUUUAGCCAGUUCAACAAUAUAUUGAUUGACUUUGAUAGAGAUAUAUGGGACUACAUAUCUUUGGGAUAUUUUAAGCAGACAACAAAGGCUGGUGAGAUUGGGUCUUCAACAAUGCCUCACAAGGUAAACCCUAUUGAUUUUGAAAACAGUGAAGGUAACCUUGGUGUGGCUAAUGGCAGUUUUUAUCAUCUGAGCAUGAAGUUGCCUAUUUCGCGUUGGCAGCGUGACUUGACGGAUUCAACUGUUUUAAGGAACAUGGGUUUAGGAUUAGGGCAUUCUCUUCUUGCCUACAAAAGCACACUGCAGGGAAUAUCAAAGCUUCAGGUCAAUGAAGGUUGCAUAAGUGAGGACUUGAACCUUACUUGGGAAGUUCUUGCUGAACCAAUACAAACAGUUAUGCGAAGAUAUGGUGUUCCAGAGCCCUAUGAAAAGUUGAAGGAACUAACCAGAGGAAGAGCAGUAACCAAGGAAAGUAUAAUAGAUUUUAUGCAAGAUUUGGAGUUACCUAACGAAGCAAAGUCCAAUCUACUAAAGUUAACACCGCAUAGUUAUGUUGGAGCAGCUGUUGAAUUGGCUAGGACGGUAGACAUAGCCGUGAAGGUGGUAUGAACCAACAGUGGAUAUGUUGCACAAGGUUUUCCUUUCUUUUGUCUUUGAGACUUGCAUCAGAGGGUCCUAUUUAUUUUGACUGCCAUGGGAUUCAGGAAUAAUCAGGCGAAAGGUGAUUUCGAUAUGUCUGAGGCGGAGGCACAACUUUCAUUGGAGAAGAUGCUUAUGUUGGCUGAUGUUCUAGUUGAAAAUGUUUGUAUUUAUAUCCCAGGUUUGAAAUUUUGUUCUUGUAGUAUUUAAAACAUUGAAGCAAUAGGGAAAUAUGAGAGGUUUUCAUCAAGCUCUUUGUAAUUUCCAGCAGCACCAGCAAUUUUGGGGCUGGUUUAAAAGCUAAUAAUACUUUCUUAUGAUAA